AUGCAAUCCAAUAACAUUAGUUCCAUUGAAGUCACCGAUAGAGCUCGUAGACGAAGGGCAACUAUUAACCUGUCAAGCGUUCUUGGUUGUCAUAGAUCGACUUAUAACAGACGAUGGAAUAAAAUACGAAUAGCUUUCAUGAAAAAACAUAACUUGCUUUCAUUUAGUGAGUCGGCUAGUGAAAGCACAAUCACAGUGAACAGAAAAAUUACUAGUAAUGAGACUCCAAAUAUGACACCAUCCACUAGCUGCAGUUAUCCAAGGGCUCCAGAUAAUAAUGGAUCUACUGACGUUACUUUAUGCUCUCAAAAAGGAACUGCAGAUGCUGGACACUGGGUUGCAGCAGAAGGAAACGAGGGACAGAUUUAUGGCGAUGCUGACGAGGUUAAUGGGUGA